GCUGAGCCACCGUCUGGGCUCACCACUCGCUCCUUCCUCCCUUGCGAGCUCCUCCUUGCUUCCAUCCCUUGCCUGCCGUGCCACCCCCACCUCCUCCACCUCCUCCACCCUUGCCCUCCAUCGUCCGCACAAAGCUAAUCGAAUGAACGGCUCCGCUCCCACUCACUUUAGCAGCGGCGGCGGCAGCAGCAGCAACGGCGGCGGCGUCGUCCGCAAGCGACGGAUGCGAUUCGCUUUCCCGCGGGCCAAGCGCAACAGAGUGGGGGGCUUGCCCGAGCCCAGCAUGACUCUGGGACGCGAGCGGGCGGCCAACGACGAAAACAUCUGCCCGAUCGAGAGCAUGGAGCACGUGGGAGCUGUUGAACAGGCGCUGGAGGAUCUCGUGCUGGGCUCGAACAGGCACGGACAUCUCACCGUCGGCGUUUACGAAGCGGCCAAACUUCUGAACAUUGACCCAGACAGCGUGGUGCUCUGCCUCUUGGCCGCCGACGCCGACGAGGAGUCCGACCUGGCCCUGCAGAUCCACUUCACGCUCAUCCAGGCCUUUUGCGGCGACAACGACAUCGACGUUAUCCGAGUGCGCGGCGUGGAGCGCCUCGCUCAGCUGCUCGCGAUGAGCGGCGGUGUUGGUGCGGGACGCGCGAGCGCUCCCAGCGGCGUGGUGGGAGCCGGAGGCUGCGAGAGCGACGAUGGGUCUUGCUGCAACACCACCAACUCCUACUUCUCCUACACGGCUGACGAGCCCCGAGACCUGCACUGCCUGCUGCUCACGGCGCCCCUGCCGGCGGGGCCGCUGCGCACCGUGGCGGCGUUCUGCGCGGACAGCCGCCACAACAAUCAGUGGGUGCCGUGUCUGAACCUCGCCGAGCGAUGAGGCGGCCAGGUGCAGCCACGGUGGGCAACGGCUGCAGAAGCAGCGGUGGCUACGGCAGCAGCUAUGUCGAUAUAGCAGCAGCGAGCAGAGAUGAGCAGUUGCAACGUUCGCAAAUGGCCAUUUUUGGCCCCGCGAUUAUAUUGAUGAGUUAAGAUGAAGAUCAUAAGGGAUCAGAAUAUUGAUGAUGGAGAUUAAUGGUGAUGAUUUAAAAAGAGGGAGCUCGAUUAUUAAAAUGUUAACAAUGAUCGAGAGGAGGAUGAUGAGCGCGGAAGAUCGCCGAUCGUGGUGAUGAUGAUGAUGAUGAUAUCGCCUUCAGUUUUUUGUUGUUGCUGCGGCAAGGAGGAGAGACGCUCUCGACACCCCGAUGUGGAAGUUGGAGGGGAUGUUUCGAUCGAGCACAGAGCAUUGUAGCGACGGCGAACCUCAACAACAAGAGCGGAAUCCAGUGCCCCAAGUGGGAUGGGUGGAACUCGAUUUAAGAAGAUAACAAGUUACACUUUUUUUUUUUUGGUACGGACUUGCAUUGUUGCAGUACACUCAUUCAAGAAGACACGAGGUGGACAUCUUGUGGACUUUCUCAUGAAUGAUAUAAAAUGUGCGUGGGGAGAGAAAAUUCAACUCUCACACGAUGCACAUUCACACGCAAUGACACAAGCGUAGCAGCAUCAUGAACAUAGCAACUCUUAAGUGGGUUUUAUGGUGCACCACGCAAACAUAAACCGCAUCGACAGUAUUGCCCAACAAGCCUGGGCAGGGCAGAGGAAAGAGUGGGGCUGUGGUAGGAGGGAGGGGGAGUGGAGGCUCUCCGUGGGUCUGUGCGUCACGGUGACGCUUUGGCGGCUUUGGGGAAACUCGUUCUCGACUCCGAACCGUUUCCGCCCGCACGGUUAACGGCGGGCACGGGGGUGGGAAUCUGUGGGGGGGGGGGGGGGUGGAGCCGCCACUUUCGAUGGCAGUUAUUGAUGCAUUAUUAGUAACGCCGAGAUGAUGAUGCUUUGCGAUGAUGAUAUUCCGAAUGCUUUUUUUGUUUGUUACUAAAUGUGGUCGUGGAUCUGGACUGCGUGUGCGUUCAAACACGUUUGGUAAUCUUAACAAACAGUCGAAUGGUGGUAGCGUUGUGUGCAUUGUGUAUAUAUAUUUUUUUAUUGGCCUAAUUUAAACAAUGACAAGGUUAAACAACGAACAUGUCUGCAAUAUCCCUACUACUGUAGUCUUACAUGUUUUGUUGGCUGCAACAGAGGCGACUUGAAACGUUAACUAGCCCACGCGAGCAAUGCGUGCAGACUCUCAGUGUUUCCCGCAUUGUGUGGAUCUUGUGAUUUCAUAUUAAGGACACGUGUGUGUGUGUGUGUUUGUGACGGGGGGGGGGGGGGGUCAGGAUUUUUCACCCCCUUUUGCUGUGGUUAAGUCUCGACAAUCUCCGCACGAGUCCUGCCGGUUAAUGUUUUUGCGAAUAGGGACUCAAAAGUUAUGGUCACGAACCACGAGUUGGUUCUUACCUGGGGUAUUUUUUUGAAGAGAAACGAAAUUAAUUUUGCAAUGAAUGUAGCGGCCUCAAGUGGCUGCGAGUCCCCGACACGCGAUUUAGAUUCAUCCCACCCACGUGUGUUGCCAUUGCACCAAGGGAUGAUGAUGAUCCUCGAUUACGCGUUUUACUACCCAGGAUAUCUACAGACUGCACGUCCAAUGCAAAGCUGCCGGUGUGUACCUGUUGGAGUUGCAGCCGCGCCAGGCUAGGUUCACACACAACGAUGUCUGAAUCGCCAUAACGUGGACGUUUUCAUGACUUGUGUCAUUAUUUAUAACUUUGUUUUGGUUUUGUGUUCACCCAUUUGGCAUAAUUUUUGUAUUUAUAUAUAAACUCGUAUUAUGGUUAUAGUUGAGUUUUGCCUUUCCGUGCAAUGUUAUCUUAAGUUCGUGUAUUUAUGCAAUUUAUUUAACACAAACCGAUGUUUGCACGUGCAUUUCAGAAUCCCUUUUACAAUCCUCAAAAUUGUACAUAAAUAAACUUUACAUAAAAAAAUGAA